AUGCAUUUAAAUGAAAUAAAAGCAUCAUUAAAACGUACGUCAGCCAUUGCACAUGAUGCUAUAAAUUUAUGUCAAGAUUUUAUUGAUUAUGCACCAUCGCAUUAUUUUAUUGAUUUUUACAAAGAAACUCUCGAUGAUCCUAAUAUAUUUUUACAUCAAUAUACAUGUGGAUUAGUAAAUUUAGUUUCUAUUUUUGAAGCUAUUGCAAAUGUUUAUUCAUCAUAUUUUAAUCGAAAAAUUGAUCGAUUAAAUGAAAUUCUAGUUACUGAUGGUGUUUAUCAAUCACUUUUCAAUUGUAUUCAUAGUUUUAUUAAUCCUGAUGAUGAAGUUAUUCUAAUAGAGCCAUUUUUUGUUUGUUAUGAACCAAUGGUUCGUUCAGCUUCUGGUAUUCCACGAUGUAUAGCACUUAAACCGAAACCUGAAUCAAUCAAAGCUGAUAUUUCAUCAAGUUCCGAUUAG